GGCCCCGUAAAAUUUUCGCGAGGAAAAAUUACUCACAAUUACAGUCAAAUGUGGAAUGUAAAAUAAAUAUAUGAAAUGACAAAUCUCCUUCGCGAAGGAGAGAAAACGCGAGGAAUUGUUAGUUAAAGCGCACGAUCGAAAAAAAAUUAACGGGGAAGUUCCCUAAUCGCGAAUCAUCGCGAAUAUAUAGUUGGAAAGUUACUUCUGAUGUAAAUAAAAUUGCAAUAUUUUACCCAGGAUCACGGCAACGUGUUCGUAGUUUUAGUAUACAUUACAAUCUUGACGUAUCGCGUGUAUUCGCGCAUUGAUUCUUCGAUCAAGUACGUUUACGACACAACGACAACCUGCUUCCAUCGCGAAUAACAAAAUGGCUCUAGCAAGUAAACUCUGUGGACUGUCGAGUCAAUUGUUUAGAAGUAAAGUGUAUUUUUACAGCGCAGUGAGAUGCUAUGCCGACAAACCGAUGCCGUGGAAUAAAAUUUGGCAACCAAGGAUAUACUCGGAAAAGAAUCAUGAUAAAAUUGCUGAAAAGUAUAAUCUGCAUCCAAAGGAAUAUAAACCUGCUCCCAAGGAAGAAUGUAUCGGUGAUUAUCCGGACAUGCCAAUGAUAGGACCAGCUGCUAAAGAUCCAUACUAUCCAUAUGACAUACCAACCUACAAAAAAAAUUAUAAAGAGACGGUGCAUCAUAAGUUUGAGUUAAUGGGCGAAGAUCGUUUUAGUUAUGGUUACAAAUAUAGAAUCGAUUUACAUCUAGCAACAGCGGUAUUUUUCGCAUUCAUGAUUACUCUCUUUACAAUUUGCUAUUUAUUAGAGGACUAUCCUACAUUCACACCAGUGAUGCAAAAGCAAUAUCCUCAGAAAGAUAAAGUACAUUAUACAUUUGAACCAGCAAAUCCUAAGUAAUAUGAUUAAUCUCGAAUAGAUAUAAGCUUAUAUGAAAAAUAGAGCAGUGUUUGACGUUAUAUACAUAUGUAUUGUAAUAUAUGAAUAGUUCUUAUUACAA